CCUUCAGGGUGACAUCUCGUGUCCCGCCAUAUGCUAGUACCGGUACAUUGUUAUGAUACCGGUACUCUACUGAGGACAGAUGGGUCUUUUACCUACCAGAAUACAAAGCAGAGUAUACCAUCACCAUCCACCACCUUCUCUAAUACUCGCGACCUCAAAAUGUCCCGCUGUCUAGUUUCACGCAGGGGUCUCACUUCGCCCCUCCUUCGCUGGGCCGCCCGAGAUUCCCCAAAACUCUUCUGCAGCUUCGCAUCAUCAACAAAAUCCCCAGUAUGGCUCAAUGGUAGGCAAACUACAGCCGUGGGAAUUGCGGGGGCAGUUGCUCUCGGGGCAUUGGCUGCAGCAUACAGCCCAUCCAGCCAAACUCACUGCGACACUCCCUCUAACCUCCCAAUUGACAAACGCGAUGCCAUUCACAAGCACGAAUCCGGGAUCACCCCUUCCUCACCUAUGCGUCUAAAAAUGGAGUCCUAUAUCAAAGAAAAACAAAAGGAAAUAGUGGCAGCCCUAGAGAAGGUCGACGGAAAACCCUUCAUCAUAGACACCUGGGAGCGGAUGUCUUCCGGUGGCGGUGGAAUCUCCUGUGUCCUGCAGGAAGGCAAUGUAUUUGAAAAAGCCGGGGUCAACAUAUCCGUGGUCUACGGUAAGCUCCCGCGUGCGGCGAUAUUGAAGAUGAGAGCCGACCACAAGAAACUUGAUCCCACCGUCGAGAGCCUAGACUUCUUUGCUGCAGGACUCAGUAUGGUUCUCCAUCCGAAGAAUCCGAUGGCGCCGACAGUACAUUUGAAUUAUAGGUACUUUGAGACAAUGGCUGAGGAUGGAAGCACCCAAGCAUGGUGGUUUGGCGGGGGCACGGAUUUGACACCGAGUUAUCUAUUCGAUGAGGACGCUAUUCACUUUCACAAAACUAUAAAGGAGGCGUGCGAGAAGCAUGACAAGCGUUAUUAUCCUACCUUUAAGAAGUGGUGUGACGAGUACUUUUGCGUUAAACAUCGGGGGGAGAGUCGGGGUAUUGGGGGAAUCUUUUUUGAUGACCUGGAUGAUAAGGACCCUGAACAGUUGUUCAGCUUUGUGCAGGAUUGCCUGAACUCGUUCUUGCCGAGUUAUAUUCCCAUUAUCGAGAAGCGGAAAAAUAUGCCAUACACUCCUGAAGAAAAGGCCUGGCAGCAGUUACGCCGUGGGAGGUAUGUCGAGUUCAACCUCGUCCAUGAUAGAGGUACCGCUUUCGGACUUAACACUCCUGGAGCUCGUGUGGAGUCGAUCUUGAUGUCACUACCCCUAACGGCCGGCUGGAAGUAUAUGCACUCUCCAGCCCCCGGCUCGAGGGAAGAGAGACUUCUAGGGGUGCUGAGGAAACCAGUUGACUGGGUAUAG